UGGGAGAAGAAGGUCGACGGUUCUGCGUAAGAGCUCUGAAAGCUGCGAAAGUGUCACGGAAGACAUGCAAAUGUUUAGCCUGAACUUUACACUGAGUUUUGCUUUAGUUUUCAGACGCCGUUUUUAAAGCCGUCCGAGUGGAAAGGCCAAGUGUGCAGGAGUUCACCGUAAAAUUCGCCUCGAUGCAGCGGAAUGUAUUCGCCCGUGUAAGUUUGUUUUCAGCUCGCUCUGGAUCAUACUGUAGCAUGUCGACGUGGUGAAGCUCCGGACUUCCUACAGAGGGUGGAUGGUGCCUUGAAUGUGGACUGGAGUGAGCAGGGUGCAUGCUUGGAGUCGACUUUGCCCGGGGCUGGAACCGUUUCUGCUGAACUCACCCCUGUCACCCGAACCUCAGAGCACAAGGAAGAGGCCAACGACGAAACUGCAAGAAGAAGAGUCACUGCUUUUCAGAAUCUUGCCUGAGGGAUGACAGUCUGCUUAGCUGUUUACAGCAUAUCUAGUUCGGAGAAGGGGAGCAAAGGGGGAAGUGCGAAAGUCCUCUUUCCUCUUCUGCAUGACAUCUGCCCACCAAGAUACAUUUUUCUGAAAGAGACAGUCAGGCUUACUGAGCAGGUUCCUCUUGGAUGGUCUGUACUUCUGCAAGGCCUUUGUAGUUUUACAGUUUUAACAUGAGCCUCUCUCCUCACCAGAGAGGGAACAUUAGUAAUAUCACCAAGCAGAGCGUUGAAGCCAUUGAAGAACCGGCACAGCAUUCAGGGGAGGUGUUCUAUAACCUGGGGGAGCAGACUCCCAGCAGUGCUGGUGGUAGGGUGGACCCCAGCCAUGAUCUCCAAGGCUCAGCUGUCUUCAAACCUGAGAAAGCAUAUCAGGUGUGGGGUCACUUUCAGCAGUCAGGUCCAGUCAAGUGGGUGCAUCAGGACCCGAUGCAGACGUCCACUUGGUUUCAAAAUCCAUCCAAACUGAGCCAGAGCUUUGGUCCUUCUAUGAGUGGAAUCGACGAUGCACGGUCUCAUCAAGGUUUGCACAAGACAAAUCACGAUAUGGAUGCUUUGCAGCAGGAAAAAAUGGCUGUGGGUCCCUCUGUGCCCUUCUCUGAGCCUUCGCAAAGUCUGGCACCAGGAAUGGAAUGGGAUCAUCACACGAUGGCAGCUGUGCAUCACGCUCAGUUCCAGGCCCUCCAGCAGGGCCACAAACCAGGAGACCCACAGUACCAACCUCAUGCCAUGCGGCACACCAUGCCUGAUUCUAGUUUACAGCCUUUUCAGGUGGCGUUUGGACCCACUAAACAGCCCCAGGCCUCUGGCUUCUUUCAGGCUUUCCGUGGCAACAGUGUCCCACAGAAUCUUGGCUACAGUGAACAGCCAAAAUCACAGCAGCAACUCCUGCAUUUACAACAGCAUCAGCUGCAGCAUCAGCAUCAAAUGCAGCAACUGCAGCAAAUGCACCAGCUGCAGCAGCAGCAGCAACAACAGCGACUGCACCAAAUGCAGCAGCAGUACCAUCAUCAACAGAAAUUGCAACAGAUACAGCAGCAGCAAUUGCAACAGCAGAUGCAAAGCGUUCAACAACCAGAAAUGAUUGCUGUGCAAGCGCACUCGCAAGACCAGCGGCCAGCAAGACCUCAACAACUGGACGAUAGUCAAUUAAAAGUAGAUUCUAGAGGUUCAGCUCAGCAGAGGCAGCCCCCUUCUGUACAGGCUCAAACACAGGAUCCAAGUCCCCAGUCUCCAGUUGGCCAAGAUUCUGGACCUGCCAAAGCACCUCAAGAACCACAAGAACCCCAAACCAAACCUGAGGUCCUCCCUCGGCGCUCUAGACGGCUCUCCAAGGACGGACUUUCUCCUGUGAGCAGCCAGCCACCCAAAGAGCCUGCCCGUAAUGGAGGUAUGGGAGGCCAAGGGCCCUCUGGAGGAGUCAUCCAAAGCACACAGAGAAGGAGGAGAGCUUCCAAAGAGAUCAACCUGGAGACUCUUGCGCAGAAGGCAUCAGAGAUGGAAUUUUUGCCAGCAAAGCGUGAUGAUGGCUCGUCAAGGCAGGCUGGAAUGCUCCCGCUAGUUAUCCCUGUCUCUGUGCCCGUUCAGAGGAGUCAGGGCCAGACAGAGCAGGCGGGCAGCUGGGAUCGGGAGCAGAAGCCUUCUUCAGAGAGCGUUCAGCAGCAGUACCAAUACGACCGCAAGCCCUCCGUUAUUGUAGCCCGCCGCCGUUCAUUAAGGAACUCAGCUUCUGAAAGUUUUAACCAGGAUGAAGUCACAGAAGAUGGGAAAUCAGACAAGAUAAAGCGUCGGCCCCGGCCAGAGCCCCUGGUCAUACCCCCGCCCAAACCCUGCACCUUCAUCGCUCCGUCUGUCUACUCAAGCAUUACAUCCUACCAGAGCCACCUGCGUUCCCCUGUCCGCUCACUGGACCUCCCAUUGGUCUUGCCCCCCUACACUCCUCCACCCAUCCUGUCGCCUGCGCGUGAGGGAACUGGCCUCUACUUCUCAACAUUUCUGUCCUCUAUAGCAGGGGGCACCCAGGGGGUGCCUCCACCACCAACACCUAGGACUGCUCCUAGAAGCCUCCUACACUCCAGCAGUUCAGAUAUCACUCCUCCAGUGCUUCCUCUGAUUGGAGAGGCCACACCUGUUAGUCUAGAGCCCCGCAUAAAUAUCGGCUCUCAGUAUCAGGCAGAGAUACCGGAGCUUCAGGACCCGUCUUUGGCUCUGCAGGAUCAGCACAAAGCUACUUUGGUGUGGCUGCCAUUACCAGAGGCUGAAUCUACACCCUCCCAAAAGGAGAGAGUUGACAGUCUCAUGGACGUGGCCUGUUCUAGUGUGCUGUGUGGAGGGGGGACCAAUGUGGAGCUAAUGCACCACUGCCUACAUGAAAACAAAGGUGACAUCGUGAAAACCCUGGAAAUGUUGCUGAUGAAGCACCCUGUUUUCUCCAGGAAUCACCACCUCGCAAACUACCAUUAUGCAGGAUCAGACUAUUGGACUUUGGAUGAAAAGCAUUACUUCAACAAGGGAAUCACUGCCUACAGGAAGGACUUCGUCCUGGUGCAGAAACUGGUGCGGAGUAAAACAGUGGCACAGUGUGUGGAGUUCUACUACACCUAUAAGAAACAGGUGAAGGCCUGUCGCAAUGGGACGCUCAUAUAUGGCCCCCCAGAUUUAGAACAGAGCACUUCUGAGAUAACUCUGAAACAAGAACACUUUGAUGAACCAGAGAGGAAGAAGCAGAAGGUGCGAACAGAAGAAACUGAAAACGUUGGGGGUGAUAACCUCAAAACCCUGCCUCAGACAUUUCAGUUCAAAGAGGAUGUGGAUAAAGUGUUGGUGCUUAGCAUCCCGAAAAUCAGCUCUGUGGAUCAGUUCACUGCUCUGAAGAAGGAAAUUCAGACGCUUCCUUCUGCUCCAAAACCCCGUCCAGAAAGCACCGGGAAAAGGUCUCAGCCACCAGCCGCUUCCAAAAGUCAGGGAGAACCGGAGGGUAUAUUCCCCUGCAAGAAGUGCAGUAGGGUGUUCUACAAAGUGAAGAGCCGCAGUGCCCACAUGAAGAGCCACGCAGAGCAGGAGAAGAAGGCAGCAGCGGCAGCGCAGAGACAGAGAGAGGAAGAGGAGCGGGCAGCAGCAAAGGCCAGGCAGGAGGCCGCACUGGCAGGGAGGUUAAGAGCAGGGCCAGACGAAGAGGCGGAGCGAGAAGACAGCAGUGAGCCGGAGGAUGACCGAGAUGAGGACUGGGCCUAAGGGGAUUUAAUGACACUGAGCUUUUUUGGGCCACUGAUUUGGCCAAAUCUACUUUUUACUGAGUUGAGUGUUUAUACUGAAACAUAUUGACCAAAGCAGUGCGGGGAAAUAGAGUGUAAAAAAGAAUACUGUUUCUAUCAUGUGAACAUGAACUGUCACACCAACAUAACCUGAAUGAGCUUAACAUAAAUUGUGUGCUAGAAUCUAGCUUUAGUACUUUUAUAAAGGGUUCUUAACUAAGGCAUGUGUUGGACCUCAUGAUUGAAUGUAAAUUUAACAUAAACUACACAGCUAAACCAAGGUGCCCUAUAUUUGUAAUUCUGUUCUAAUGUGAUCAGUGUUUCACAGCUCCUUUUGUAAUAGUGUAGGUGUUAUUUUCUAUGAAUGUCAGAUUUAUGUAUCUUUACAUAUAGUUACAGUUCUAUGCAAACGUCAGAGACCACCCUUCAUUUAUUUUAUUUGCAGUCAGUACGUUCAUAAAAUGCAAGUUAUUCAUUGUUCAGAAGCAGAAAACAAAUUUAACAGAAAAGUACACCCAAUCAUCAACAACGGUUUUGUAUUUAGUGUGCCUACUCUUACCUUUAAAACAGCUUCAAUUCGUUGCAGGAGACUUGCUUGUACUUUUUCAAAGAAAUCUGCAGGGAAAUGUUGGUUGCAUUUUCUGCUUCUCACAAUCCAAAUAGUCACAAACAUAUUCAGUGAAGUUGAGGUCUGGACUUCGGGGUUGUCUGUCCAUUGUUCUGAGAACCGCAGCAGUUUUUUUUGUCUGUUUCUUUUUCUCAGUAAGAGCUUCCAGACAGCUACACAUCCUAGUGUUGUCUUCUCACAGUGGAAGGGUCGACAGAAACGUCUGAAGCAAGUGUGGAGCAUAAAUUUCUCCUCUCCCUCAAAGCUUUUUUCAAAGAUAAAAGUUCUGUUUAUCUGAUGGGGAUUGUUUCGGUGGUCCCAUUUCCUCUGUAUCUUUUAAUCAUUUUUUGAAGGAAACUUAUGUUUUUCACUGAUUUUCUUUUGACAUUCCUGUAAAAAUUGAUUAUUUUGUAUCUAAUCAUCUCAGAAAUAUCUUCAGAAAAAUGGGUAACCUGUACUUAAUGACUGUUUGCCUGGAUAUUAAGUAAAUAAAGGGUGAUCUCUGACUUUUGAUCGUUACUGUAUAAGACACUUGUUUAAAAUGAUAAAAAAAAAGCCAAAAGUGUUUAAUCUUGACUUUCUUUAAGUGACUCUAUCACAUGAUUCAUAUAUGUGAAAAGACUGUUAAAGUUAAAAGAGAUUAUGAUCAAAGAGAUUGUAUUUUAUAACAGUUCUAUUAUCGCUUCAAGGACACACUAUUGUUGAGAUCAUUAUUCCACAUUUUAAUUGGAUAUAUUUGUGUAUGAAAUGUAUAAAUGGUGGAAAAGUGUAAUAUUAACUUCUGUGUAUUUGAAAUGCUUUUCAUCUUUUUUUUAUACUGAGUUUUUAAUAGUUUUCGAUAAUGAGGGUGCACAAUUUUUAUACAGAAGUGGAUUAGGUGUAAAGUGGUUGUUUUGAUCAGAAACAGCUGGGGUAUCUGUCUUCAUCUUAUAGCCAUAUAUCCAUUGCAGUUUUGUUUUAUGUUUUUGAAUACAGAAUAAUAAAACUGUGCCUGCAAAUGCAAGCAGAAUCAA